AUGAACUUCCCUAACGAUACUACCUAUGGAAGAUCACCAAUUCAAAGAGGACACCAACUACAAGGACCUCGCCCUACACCUCUAAGGAUAAACAAAAACUCUCAUAAGAUAAAAAAACCACCGUUAGCCCCGCAAGCCCAACCUCGCCUACCGGUCAUCAUUUACAUGGUCUCUCCAAAGAUAAUCCACACCACACCAAGUGAAUUCAUGAGCCUAGUUCAACGUCUCACCGGUUCUUCUUCUUCCUCAUCCAAUAAUGUAUCAAUGUCGAAUGAUUCUUUAAACGACAAUACUAGCUAUGAAAUGACAACCUUCAUUGCGGCACCUUGUGCCACAAUAGAGAAGGCUAGAGAACCAAAUCAAGAUAUUAAGAAAGAACAUCAAAGUAGUAAUUGUGGUGAAGAAACAAAAUAUUUGUUUAACGGGGUUUUCUCGCCAUCGUCAUUGUUUUUGGAUCCCGACAUCAUUAAGUUCAUUAAUGACUUGAGUCCAGUUCUUUCAAGUGAUAGAAAUUUUAUGAAAAAUAGUUUCAUCAUGCCAAAUCCUUCAUAUGGUGUUUCGCCUCCUCCCCCAUCUAUAGACUUGUUCAACAAUUUCUAA